AUUUUUGUAGCUAGAGGAAGGAAUAAAGCUAUAAAGUCUUAACAUUCCCAAAACCACAGGCAUUGCAUUGCUAGGGAGGUAACCAUAGUUCGACGGAUUCAAUAAACGAAGACAUGACGAGCAGAAGAACCAACUCUAACACUUCGGCAACAGCUAAUUAUAAUCCCGGAUAUGCGUACUCUCCUCCACCUACGUAUGAGUACUAUUUCACUUCUCCUCCACCACCUUCCCUUUCUUCUCCCCUUAACCAGCUAAGUCCAUUUGACGACUUCUUUUCAACUGAUGAUGCUGAUGAUGUUAAUGAUCAAUGGCAUUUCGAGUACCCUGAUCGGCCCCUGUCAAACACCAUCCAAGUCACCCGUGUUACCAGAACAAGGCGGCCAUAUGAGGGAGCGAGAGAAGCAGCACAACUUCCUGGCUUUGCAGGCUCACUAGCGCCACUAGGUUCCAGAGUUCAUGCAGUGCUCCUCAACGAUCCAAGGACUAGACAGAUCCUCAGCAACCAAUGGACUCCGGCAGCUCCUAGACAGGAAGCCGACUCCAAGUUGACCCAUAAUGAACAAAAGAGGGCAUUGCAGAAGCUGAGGAAGGAGAUAUACAAUCCUCUGAGGAGAAUAUCGCCUACUGUCAACUUGUAUUAUAGAGGCACUAUUGUUCAAGACAUUGACAAAGAAAGAAAUGAUAAUGGUAAGAGUUGUGCUAUCUGCUUGGAAGACUUUGAGCCUAAACAAGAGGUUAUGCUCACCCCGUGUAACCACAUGUUCCAUGAGGAAUGCAUUGUUCCUUGGGUUAAGAGCAAUGGUCGCUGCCCGGUCUGUAGGUUCGGGAUAAGUGACUGAUCAAUCACAAAGGAAACCAAGGUUUGUUGUUGAAUUGAUCGAGUGAUGUUAUCUGUAUCCUAUGAGCUGAUGACCAUGAUGGUUACCCUAAGUAGGUAAUAAAGAGAAUGAAACUUCCAGUCUGGGAUUUACUGCGAACUUUUGAGAUUCUUGAUACUAAUUACAUCUAUGUAUUUCAUGAUUUCAAGACAUCGAACUUGGAAGUAGGGGAAGAUACAAACCAAAACUCCAUUAGUUUGCAUUUAAAUGAAGCUUGUAGGGAUUAAUGUGUCUCUCAGUCCCUUUGUAUAGUUUAUUA